AGACACCCUGUUUGUUGUUUGCUUUUAUUUAUACCUAUAUUAUUAAUUUUUUUUUAAAAUGCCGAAAGAGGAUUGCAAAUAUUGGGAGAAAUGUUAUCAGCGCAAUGCUGCACAUCUGGAAAAGUAUAAUCAUCCACUGCGAAAGCGGGAUGCCGAACAAGAGAACAAAGAAUCAGAAGAUGGCGUAGCAGAUGCAAAAAAACUGGCGCCAAAUCAAAAGGAAGAAGAUAAGGACAAAGGCGAGGUUGUCGAAAGUGAGGAAGCCGCGGCAAAUACUAGCGACACCACUCCCACCCCAGACAUGGACGCAGAAAAGACUGAAAAUGCGGACAAGGGAAAGUUCGAGACGGAGACAGCAGAGCUGCACAAGGAGGCCUUGAAUAAUAUUGCGGGCAAGAAUUAUAUGGAAAUCCUGGAAAAGCGUAUACGUUUGUCCGUGCAGCAGGAAUAUGAAAAUCUGUGCAAAUCGAAUGAGUUCAUCCGACAUAAAUUUCUAGUAGAAAUGCCAGAAGAUUUCUACGAUUUUUGGAAAUUCAUCAAUACGCUUAAACAAGAGUCGCCUCUGAAGCACAUGGAGUCAGUAUUCCAGCUGCAAUUGGUUGGUCCAUUCGAAUUUCUGGCAGGAAACUUUCAUCAGGCCAAGAUUGGAGAACCUGGCGAUUACCUGAGACAUUGGCGUUUCUACUAUGACCCUCCAGAGUUUCAAACUGUUUUCGUGCGACGCGGUACAGGCGUCCAUUACGGCUAUUGGCGGGAUGUGCCGCAGGAUAAGGAGAAAUUGUUAAUAGCCCGCAAUGACAUGUCGCGCGGAUGUGAGUUUGAAUUCAUUGCUGGAAAUCUGUUUGAUGCAUUUCUUUAUUACCUUGAGCAUGAUUUUGUGGGCACACCAUUUACGGCCGCCCAGGUGUCCGCAGCAAAGAAGUCACUGCAAAAGUUUGUUGGCGACAAUUCUUUAGAGUUGGCAAAACUGGAUCAAUUGCAGCGCGAACGUCAGAAAAAUGUAGUCGCAAAAACAUUCCAUCGAGCCGGCAUUGUGGUGCCAUUUGAACGUAAAACCCAGUUGGGCUAUCGCGCUCUUAUUGUAAGCGAUGCAGAGCUAAAAAAAAUCCUGGCAUUGUUUGAACGUAAAGAUCUUGCCGACAACGAUGGCCACGCCAAGCAGGCCGUUUUGGAGAAGUUGCAGCCAGUGGCCAAUGCUGCUAAUAUAGCCGUUGACGAGUGUGACUUUGGAACUGCCCUAGAAUUGGGUAUCGAUCUCUUCUGCAGCGGUCACAAAGAGCUUCAUAUGCUGGCCUCUUCGUUGUUGAUGCCCGCUUAUUCGCUGCUGCAGCGACCCCAAUUCAUAGCUAUUGCCAAGGCCCACAUGGAUAGACGUAGCCGAGAUUUAGAUCUUAGCAUAUUUAAAGUGUUGAAUUAGCUCCAGCGAUUUGAAAUCGAUAUUUAUUGUGAAUUUUUUUUGUCACCGCAACCGUUAAUAAAAUUAUUGAAAACCUA